AUGGGCGCAGCGAGUCUGGCGAAGACGCUCUUCAUUCCGGCCGUGAUAUCGCUAGCCCUAUACGUCCUCAUUUCCUUCAUAAUCGUUCCUUUCUUUCGCCGCUACCACCAACGAUACUCGCAAUACCUUCCUCUAGAAACCAUCACAGCACAUACAUCUUCACUUUGGGAGCGCAUAGCAGACGCCAUCAUGCGUCGUUUUCUUCCCUCGUCCUGGCGACAACAAGCACAUAUCUCUGAUCCGAACGAUAAUAUCAGCAUUCUGGACGAGGAGGGGGAGAUAAUGGUCGGCAUGAAUAUGGACUCUGCGCAACGUGAAGCUUUAGAAAGACAACGAAAUACGGUUGCUGAAGAUGAGGGAAGGUUAAGCCGGGAACUUGAAGAGGGAUUUAUGGAUGAUAGCGACGAGGAGGUCAAUCAGGACAACUGGACGGGCAGGCAUCGGUAA